GGCGAGCCCCCCGGGGCCCACCACCACUAGGGCCACCGCGACCUCGGGCCACACGGCUUCUUCGUCGCCGGCGCCGCGUCUGGGGAAAUCUGACAACCGGAAGUCACGUUGCAACCCCGGAAGUUUGCCAACAAGUCUUUCACGCAUCAUUGCAUCUAUUCGUUGGAAACUAAACACAAACGUGGUAAAGGAGGGGAAAAGAAUGUGGAAUUGCAUUUAUAGGUCCUGAUUGGCUAAGCCCUGGUCAGCAGCUAAAAGAGCAUACUUCCGGCUCUAAAAGUGAAUUCCACAGCGUCCUUAGCAACUAGUCUCGAUCCCCAGCGACCCCGAGCACCACGUUGCAGAUGAACUGCCAAGCACCCAGGCAGCUUGCUGGAGCCAUUGUAGGAGCUGAAACAUAUCUCUCCAAUGUGUAAAGACUUUUUGUGUUGCUGCCCCACAUAAAUCUUUAGAUUCAAGGUUUAUGAUCUGUGACUAUGCCUGUCAACAAAUCACCCAUGAUUAGUAAAUUAGCAGUGAUAUCUUCCUCUUAUCAUGAAAAACUUUUGAUGUUGAAUUUUCAAAAUUUAAGGAAAAGAAGGAGUAAUAAAUCAAAGCCAUCAUUUUCAAUCACAAAAGAAUUCAUCUUGAGAUUCAACGAAACAAAAAAUCCAAAAGAGAAGGAAGAAUUGUUGGACCUAGCUAGAAAAAAUAUCCUCAGAUGUAAGAGAAAAUUGGGUCUCAAAACCUUGGGCUCUGGGAAGCAUGUUCAUCUUCCUACUGCAUGGACGGAAGUAAUAUAUCUGGCUCAAUGCAAAGGAGAAAUCCAAGAUGAAGCUUUAAAUAUGCUUUAUGCUUCCCUGGACCAUGCUUCCUUUGAUUAUGAUCAUCUGCCUGCAUUAUUUUUUGUUGCGGAAUCAGUUUUAUAUAGACUCUGUUGUGAUGCAUUCCAAAAGGCAUACUUAUAUUCAAUUGAAAUAAAGCUGGCAAAGAUUGGCUAUUUGGUCUUUUUACGACUUUUUAUAUAUUUCCUGCAUGGUCACCUAGGAACUUUUAAACAACAUUUACUUAGGCUUCAACCAUAUUUAUACGCACUUUCUUUCUCUGGAGGGUCAUAUUACAAGUAUCCAAACAUCUUGUCAAAUAUGCAAUUCAUUCUGAAAACCAUGGAAAUAAUAUGUAAAAGAGAACUCCCUUCUGGAUCAAUUUUCAACCCUGUCGAAAACAAGAAAAGCUAUAAGAACAUAGAUUCGGAUAUGGAACAUUUGCCAGUUAAUCAGGGAGGACACGAAGUUAACCACCUGCUCUGGCACUGUGUGGCUGCCUGGUCAUGUGUUCAGAAGAAUAGUCCUCAGUUGGAUAAGGUGCUUGAACAUCUCAUCUUUCAUAAAAUGCAGCUUCAAAAGAAAUGCUGGUUGGAUUCAACACUGGCUUUGCUGGUCCUUGGGGAGGCUGCCAAAUUAAACAUGGCCUGCUUGAAAGCUUUAAUGGAAUUAAUGAGAGAUUUUCUUUUAAGCGUUAUGUCUGUUCAAAAUCAGGAAGAAAGCUGCAAGGUAGAUGAUGUUUCCUGGGCCUGGAAUGUCGUCUACAUAUACACAACAAUUCUUGCAGAAAUUUGCUUGUAUGCAGCCACUUCUAAUUUGCGAAAAACUGCUUUUAUUGGUUUCUGUGUCUGUACAAGAUCACAAAAAGACAUUUUACUCAUGGAUAAAUCAGAAGAACCACCUAAAUUGAAGGAAGCAAGCAUUUUAGGUCUUUUGGACUAUUUCUCUUCAAAAAUGUCAGAUAAUUGUUAUCCAGUGAUAUGGAUUGGAUACUAUGGCUUAGUGUAUAACCUGGUGAAAAUGUCAUGGGAACUUCGGGGAGAUGAUGAGCAGGAUGGAUUUAGAAACAAAAUAUUGCAAACAUUACAGAAGACCAAGGAUCAUGAGAAAGACAGGCGAAUCCAUAAUGCAGUAAAUAUAGCUCAGGCUGAGUUAAAUGACCCAACUGAUCCCUUCACUAAUUAUAGUGCAAAAGUCUCAUCAAAUGUAGGGGAUGAAAUUUUCUCUAAAUAUAUAGGAUGGAGAAUUGCCACUGCUCUUUCCAAACUAUUUUUCCCCUCCACCGAUGCCUACGUUCUUCCUUUGAAAAAACCAGUGACAAAACAGGAUCAAAUGAAAUACCUGAACAAAAAGGAUUCCGUGAAGAGGAGAGUUGUACAUGUUACUAUAAGGGAACAUCCUUCUUUAUCAGAACUUCCCAUGUUUUCUUAUCCGGAUUUCUUCACCAGAGCUGAUGAAGAAUUGGCAAGAAUCAUUGACCAUCAUUGGCAGGAAGAGCUAAAGAUCCGACGGAAAGAAGAUGCAAUAUGUGAGGCCCAAGAACGUAAAGACAAAGAGUUAGAGGAAAAAAAUCACUUCAGAGAAAUUAUGAAGAGAAGAGAAGAGAAACUACACAAGCAAACCAAACCCUACGAGCUUCCUCCUAGGACUGAAGUAAUUUCAUUAGAAAUAAAAUGACCCCCCACCCCCGCCCCAAAUUGAAGUCCAUAAUGCCAGAAAUUCAUUGCAUGAAAGAGACCAAGACAGCUAGAUAUUAGGAAAAAUUUCUUCUAAUUAAUUGGAAGCCAUUUCUUAGGAGUUGUUAUCCUGGUGCAGACUCUUUAAUAGUUCUAUCUUAGUCCUAAAUUAGCAGCUCUUAAUCACAUUUGAGUGAAGUGAUUUUAUUAGUUAAACUUUUUCAAGAACACGGCUAGAGCUUUUCCUAAUUGACUUUUUUCUUGUGAUCAUAUAGCAUAUUUAAUCAAUGAUUCUCAGAGUAUUGAUUUUUCAUCGGACAGUUAGAUGGAAGUGAAUUACAAAUUAUUAGUCACAUUUAAGGAUUAUUUCUUGAAAACAGAAUAAGCACCAACUGAUACCCCUAUAUUACUUAUUAUACAAAUAAAAGAAGUAAGGCACUUGC